UCCCCGGGGAGGCGGGGCCGGGCCGGCGCCGGGGCAUCAUGCAUCAGAAGCUGCUGAAGAGCGCGCACUACAUCGAGCUGGGCAGCUACCAGUACUGGCCGGUCCUGGUGCCCCGCGGCAUCCGCCUGUACACCUAUGAACAGAUCCCGGUGUCCCUCAAAGAUAACCCCUACAUCACCGACGGCUACCGGGCCUACCUGCCUUCCAGGCUGUGUAUCAAAAGCUUGUUUAUUUUAUCCAAUGAGACGGUAAACAUCUGGAGUCAUUUGCUGGGUUUCUUUCUCUUCUUCACCCUGGGAAUAUAUGACAUGACAUCCGUGCUGCCUUCGGCGAGUGCAUCCAGAGAAGACUUUGUCAUUUGCUCCAUUUGCCUUUUCUGCUUCCAGGUCUGUAUGCUCUGCUCCGUGGGCUAUCAUCUCUUCUCCUGUCAUCGGUCGGAAAAGACUUGUCGAAGAUGGAUGGCAUUGGAUUAUGCAGGGAUUUCUAUCGGAAUACUGGGCUGCUAUGUCUCCGGAGUAUUUUAUGCAUUUUACUGUAAUAAUUAUUGGCGUCAGGUGUACUUGAUCACCGUGCUUGCAAUGAUCCUGGCAGUGUUCUUCGCACAGAUCCAUCCCAAUUACCUCACACAACAGUGGCAGAGGCUCCGCCCCAUCAUCUUUUGUUCUGUCUCGGGGUACGGCGUGAUCCCUACUCUUCACUGGGUUUGGCUCAAUGGAGGAAUCAGUGCUCCUAUUGUACAGGACUUCGCACCCCGAGUAGUAGUGAUGUACGUGAUUGCUCUUCUGGCUUUCCUCUUCUACAUUUCCAAAGUUCCAGAACGGUACUUCCCAGGACAGCUAAACUACCUCGGAUCAAGCCACCAGAUCUGGCACGUCCUGGCAGUAGUGAUGUUAUACUGGUGGCACCAGUCAACAGUGUAUGUCAUGCAGUACAGACACAGCAAGCCUUGCCCUGACCACGGUCCGCACCUGUAAGUUCAGGUAUGGCCACCCGGUGAAUCCAGUCAUUGAGCAAUAUACCGUGGGGGGUUUAGACUCCACUAUUUCUAAGGUUCCCGUUUAUUUUUUUCCCCUUUUCUUCUUAUUUAAUGAGUCAUAAUGGUUUAUAAAAAUGGGGAAAUAUAGUGGGAUCUGUAGUAAGAACUGUGUUUGACCCUUGCAACUAUGAUUCGAUGUUUGUGCAGACGGUGAAAGUUAGACAUGUUGAGACAUGGAUGUGGGUGUGAGACUGCUCUAAAAAUGGGGUGCAGUCUACAUAAGACCAGCUUUGUUUUCUUAGGAACAGCCCCUGUCUGUAAUAAGUGGAGGCAUCCUGUAUGCUUACUUUAAUAGGAGACGUUUUCAUUAAAUGACCAAAUUUGCCUCUUCAAGGCAAGGGUUGCUAUAGCCUGUGCUACUCCAAGCUCAGUGUGCUGCUGAAUAAUCACAGCCUUCCUCCUGUACAGCUCAUGAGAAACUGGCCCCUGAGUAAUUUCCCUUAGCCAGAUUCUCUUCUCCUUAGGAACAUUUGAUUUUUUUUUUUAAGUUUGCUAACAAAAAAAAAUUUUAAUUCCUCUUUUGAGAAAGGUAUUGAGAAAAGAAACAUGCAUUGCUAUUUUAAAAAAUAUAUUAGAUUGGAAACUAGGGACAUGACAGAGCAACACAUGGUCUGAUAGCCAAAUUAUCAACUACCUAAUUUUAUUCCAAGUAUUAUUUAAUUCCAUAUUAAAUACCAGAUUCCUGACAGUGAAUUUUGAUUCCAGCUUUCCCAAAGAAAUUUCAUCUCUAACUCUAGUCCUAAGUUUCAUGAUGAUGAGUUCAAAACUCUAUGGGUGCUACUUUGAAGGCCAUGAGAUCUGAGUGGCCCUGUCUUGACCGUGAAUGAACCGUAAGCCUUAGAAGUCAUGCAGAUGUCUCAUUUGAUAGUGAGAUUAUUCACCGCUGCUCCAGGCCUGCUUAUACUUGUACUGACAUUUCAUUGACAACUUAAACAUGUAUAUAAACAUCAUGUGCACUUCAGAGCUGAAGCAUUAGUCCUGUUAACUGUAGAUCCCACUGCCCUGUCAGAUAGCAUAACUUUUAUUCCUUGGUCUUGCCAAAUGCAUAAAUUAAAUCAUUCAUAGUAUUCAUAAAAACUUCCAUUGUCCACUGAAAUAUAAGGUAUGACCUAAGUUUCUUAGUAAGUUCACAAGCUAUUUUAAAUACUGGCAUAUUUUCAGGAAAAUGGAAUUAACUAAUAUAUCAUAACAUUUUUCUUUACAUUGAUGUUCAUUCCCUAAAUGCACUUUCUACAUCCAGUAUUAGGAAAAUUGAUAUGCCCAGUGUAUGCCUCUGCAGGGCGUUUCCUUGUAGUGUAGUGGUUUGGGAAUUUAAAUUUCCCUUGCUAGUACAUCAGACGUUUUUUUCCCAGUGGGCUCAGUGAAGGCCACCAUUUCAUAACCAUAGUGAUGAUGGAAUGCUACUUUCAAAGUGGCUGUUGUAUCUUAGAACACAAAUUCAAUUCAUGCUCAACUUUAGAUGAUCUGAACAUAACAAAAGUUGAAUAUAUUUCUCAAAAAAAUCCAUUAUUGGCUUACGUGGCUCUUGAAUACACAUUUUAUCAUUUUGGCCAGAAUAAAUAUACUAAGUAGUUUUUAAGUAAAAAAUGAGGAAAGUCCAGUAACUUUAGGUGUGGAGCCAUUUUUAUUCUGAACUCUUCUCAAAAGAAAUAAUUCCAAGUCUUUUAAUUUUUUUUUUCUUUUUUCAGACAGGGUCCCACUCUAUAGCCUAGGUGGGUCUGGAACUUGCUAUGUAGACUAGACUGGCCUUGUACUCAUAGCGAUCCACCUGCCUCUGCCUCCCAUGGUGUGCCACCAUGCCCAGUUUUACUUUCUGGAAAUGCCUGGUUUCUUUUUGUACAUGAAUUCUGUAAUAAUUGCUGUAUGUGUAACACAUAAAAAGAGCAUACUUUGUUUUUAAAUAACUUUUCUUUGAAUAGUUCUGAUUGUAGGGACAGUUAUUCUGUAUUCUCUGAAAAUGUUUGAUAUUAUAAUUAUUAUCCUCGUCUUUUAUCUUUAUAAUUAUUUAUUGUAAAGGAAUGACUGACUGUGGAUUGUUGUCAACUAUAAACACUUAUGUAUGUCAGCAUUUAUUGACCAUCUACUGUGUGCACAACACUACUGAUACAAAGUUUAAUUAUCACAUUAAAGAAUAUUUGACAACUA